UCAUGCCUCUAGCCACCCACAAAGAAAUAUAAGGGCCUUCCAGACCUUCUCUUGAAAUGGCUGAAUCUACAACACUCAAUGCUGCUAGUUCCCCACAGUUGAUGGAGGGUGGGCUCACUCGUGGGGAAAAGACGUGGAUUAAGGUACGUUGUGUGCAAUCACAUUCUACCAAGCUGACAUGCUUGUGCUCUGAGCACUUGUUGUUAGGAGGUAGACAGUGUAAAGAAGAACACAUACGGAUAACUGAAUGUGAUACUAUUCCUUAAUUGAGACAAGUAGAUCUACUCGUAGUAUAGCCUCCUUCACCGGCCUUCAUAGGAAAGAAGGCCUGCUAUCGACUGCUUGCGCAUGCGCCAAAUUAUUCGAUAUUUUUCCUCGUAAAAUUUCCUAUAAUACUGGAUUCAUCAGAGAAAAUAUCCUAAAAGUCACACACAGAGCUAUAUAGCUAGCUAGCUAGAGACAGAGCUGUGUAUGUUUGUUGUACAGCUAUUUUCUUUUGAUAGAAUCAGUAGCAGUAGUAUAGUAGACUUUCACCAAAGUUAGUGUUAAAUGGGCGUGGCCUGUCCAUAUGAUGUCACAGUUUUACUGAGCAUAUACGAUGUUAUCCAAAGCCCCCAGAUACCGGGGGGAUAUUAGUGCAUGCGCAAGCAGUCGAUACCAGGCCCACUUCCCUAAGUGAAGUGGGAAGUGCGGCCUGGGAUCGAGGCUACUCGUAGUAGUACCUGAAAGUAUGCAUGGUUAAUCAAGUGUUUCAGUCUGCAUGUUUGGCUGUCCACAAUUGUUUCCCCUCCCCUGUGUUAUGCAAUCACCACUGUACUGUAUCACUGCACUAAUGUUCUCUUCUUUCCAUUUCAUGUAUCUCCACCUCACCUUUGACUGACCCUCUGAAACAACAGGCUGUAAGUUGGUGUGUGUUGUCAGAGUAUUUAGUGUCUGUUGCAUAUUCUGUGAUGUUUCUACUUCCCCAUUAUUACUCUUGUGUGUGUGUGCAGUGCCAUAGUGUUAUGUAGGGAAAUAUUUAGUAUGAUCACAUUCAACCUCGUAAUCAUUCAUUUACUAUCUUCCCACGUGUUUGCCCUGUGGACUCUCCCUCUCUGGAUCAACAGGCUGUAAGUUGUGUUUGCACAUGCACACUCAUUUUAAUGGUUACUAUAGGAACUCGUAAAUUGUCUUUUGUCUCUUUUCAUAUUGCCAACUUGGUAUUAGCCGAGGCCCACACAACUUAUUAGGUUGUAGUUUUAAUAUUCGUAGAAUAUACACCUAAGUUCAUUAGUUGGUACGUACAUUAUCGUGUUUGUCUCUUCCCAUACACACACUCAUUCCUAUGUUGGACCACACACUGAUUUGGACUACUGUAGGAGGUGAGCUUCUUACGAGUACUCAAUGUCCACACACUAAAAUGGUUCAGCUGCAAUGUGUAUGGAUGUACUGGUUACCUAGCAUCAUUAGCGUGUGUCCCUUGUCCUCUAGAGCUGACCCUCUCCCUCGUAUAGGGUAGACCACGGCUUUAAACUUGUUCAAUUCGUAAUCCCAUUUUACGGCCACAAUUUUGAAAUACCACCAUUGUGUACAUUGUGUACAUGUAAAUUUGUGUUUAUGUAAAUUCCCCAACCAAUUAAGUGCCUACUGAACCUAAAACUUGUUGCCUAUUUCUCAAUGUUUCCCCAACUUUUUUAUUUCUUAGCUUUUCUAUACCAGGUCUAGCCACUUGUUGCUAUGUGUAGUCAGUCCCAUACACACCAGCGUUCAACUGAUCUGAUGUCUUGUAUGUGUGUUAAGAUUAAAUCUCUCCCUCACAUGUACCAUUUGAUGUGUCUCAGGAUUGGAUUAGGGACGUGAGUUUAUUGCAUGUACAUAUAAUGGCGUACUAGGCUGACUUGUAUACAUGUACUACUGCAUGAAGGCAGAAAGAAUAACUUGCGUGACUUUAUUUAGGAUUAGUACGUACUGAAAGUUUCAUGCUGUACAGACGUUAGACUGGCGGCGAUAGAGCGACUGGCAAACUGCCUAUCAGUCACUUGUCUCAGCGGAAGUGUAAUAGAUCGUAUGACACUACUAAACAUGAAUAUCGUUAUAGAUAAUGUGGUUAAAUGUUGCUAUGAGAUUCAGCUACUAUGGAAUGCACUGAAUCCCCUGAAGUGUAAGUGCGGUUACAAUUACAGGGCUAAUAUGACGUUGAGCAAUCUGAUAGGCUGCAAUGCUCGUUGCAGCUGAGACGAGUGACUGAUAGGCAGUUUGCCAGUCCCUCGCGCUACGCACGCGAGGGGCUGUCGCCGCCAGUCUAUACAGACGUGUACUUGCAAUAAUUGAUGUAUACAUGUGUGAAUGCAUUCGUGUAUUUGAACAUGUUCAUUUCUCUACAUGUCCGUGUCCUACUGCUUGUUAAUGUGACUACUGCUAAUGAUUACUGGAACAACAGGUGGUAAGUUACAGUAUAUACAGACAUGUAUGAAUGCACUCACUGCUCCUACCAUCAUCCCCCUCUCUCUGUUUCCAUGUGUGUCUGGCGCUGGUGUCUCAUUGGACUAAACAGAAGGUGAGCGGGACACUGCACUGACUUGUGACUGUACUUGUCUCAGUAAUGUUUGAGUUGCAUGAGUACAUGUGUAUUGGCAUUCAUAGUGUACAGGUUUGUGAUUAUAUUCUUUUCUCUCUCCCUACAUUUCCAUGGUUACUGAAUAUCUGGAACGAUAGAAAGAGAAGGCUUGGUAUGAGAGUAAACUGAAGCAUCAUGAGACGAGAAGAGCUGCCCUCCAACAGAGACUGUCUGGUGACAUCACUGACCAAGACCGGAGACAACUGCUCGGAGAGCUGGAGGAGGUGGAGGGGGAGAUCAAGAAGUGUGUCUCAGGGAUACAACGUUGUGAGGGGAAUAUACAAUACUGGGAGAAUAUGAUUGCUGAGAUACGAGGAGAAGUAGAGGAGAGGCAGAGAAAGGAAGAAUCGAAGCGGUUAUUUGAAGAGGCGAUGAAGCACGGAUAUGUCUUGGUCAACAUUGUCAACAUGCUCAUGUUUGGACCGGCGGGAACAGGGAAGACCAACCUCAAGCACCUGCUAACCGACAAGCCCCCUCCGCUACAGCGUGACAGCACUCCUUGUAUGGAAAAGCCAGUACGCAUUCGACCCGUGUCCAACACGAAAUUCAAGUCAACUGGAAGAGGCUGGGAAGAGAUGUCUCAGCCAAAGCUGCGCAAGCUACUUGCUGAAAUCAUCGCUAAGUUACCAAAAGAAAGCGCCGAUCCAUCCACCGUAUCAAGGGUUGCCGAGAGCUUGAAGAAGAUGACCACAACCGAGCUAAUUUCUGAUUCCGAUGAGCAAAUUUCUGGUUCCAGUUCGAGCCCAUUGAGGAGGAACGAUUCCGAUACGCUUUCUGGCUCUGCAAGAAAGUUGAAGAAAGCCGUUGAUAAAGUGAUAGCGAGUGUAGUGAGUGGUGUGGCAAAAGAGCUGAAGCCAGCCACACAGGGAACUGACCAACUGUCGAGCAGUGACCAGCAAGAAGGAGAACUGUUUGAUUCCAACUGGGUGUACGUUACCGACUGUGGCGGCCAGCCGCAAUUCCACGACAUCAGCCCUCUCUUCAUCAAGCACAUUUCGGUGGCGUUGGUAGUCCUGCGUUUGAUUGACGAACUCUCCAGUUUCCCUUCUGACGAGUACUACAAGGAUGGGCAGCUUGUUGGUAGUCCUCAUGCAUCUCACAUGACCCUCGGGGAGACACUUCAGAGUCUCAUUCGAUCGAUUGAGUCCCACACCUCACAAGACAAGAAGCCAAGUAUGAUCUUUGUGGGCACAUUCUUGGAUCAACUGGAGGAGAGCUCGGAUACACUUAUCAAGAGGAAUAAAGAGAUUCUCGACAUGCUGCCACCCGAUAUCAAGAAGCUAUUGGUGUACAACGAUCCUGGAUUGAACAAUUUGAUUUUUGGUCUCAGCACAAUCAGCCGAGAUUACGAUUCACUGGCCACUGCCAAUAGGAUUAGAAUUGCUGUUGAGGACUCUAUUCCGCUACAAGUCAAAAUGCCCAUCUGGUGGUCCUUCUUGGAUUCACUUCUCCAGAGUUUAUCUGCCAGUCUCGAGCGAGGUGUAUUAAGCAUUGGAGAAUGUCUCCAAUUAGCCACUCGAUUUGGUUAUUUUCUCAAAGAUCUUGAAGCUGCUCUAGUCUUCUUUGAUAACGUGUGUAUAGCGCACUACUAUCCCUCCAUUCUCCCCAACACAGUGUUUGUGGAUGCCCAGAUUCCACUAGACAAGAUCACUGAGCUCUCACAGCACGCCAUCUUCCUGAGGAAUGCUGAAGUCAAGUCACGCUCUACUCUAAGCACAGGAAUGACCAAGGCCGAGUGGAAGAGAUUUCGAGAUGAGGGCAUAGUCACUUUAGGGUUCCUUCGAUUCUUUAAAAAGCAUUACGUUGAAGGCAUCUUUUCUCCAGAAGAUAUGCUGUUGAUCAUGAAAGAUCUUCUCGUGAUUGCUCCCAUUCCACUAGUGGAGUCCACUACCCACCAAGCCGAGUUCUUCAUGCCAUCUCUACUCACAUCAAUCCCACCUGCUGAGCUAGACAAGAUUCGUUCCUCCUUCACAAUAUCCCCCUUCGCUAUCUACUUUCGUAGUGGGUGUAUUCGCUCUGGAGUAUUUUGCUGUCUAGUUGUGGACGUGAUCAAGAGGUUGGACUGGAAAGUUUUGCUCCCCUCAGGGAAACUAAUCUGUUUUGCUAAAAAUUGUAUCCAGCUAAGAAUUCCCAAGCACCCGUAUACCGUGGCUCUGAUCGACUCCUUCUCGUAUAUCGAAGUGUACAUUGACGUCCCUUUUCCUUUACGCAAUGAAAUAUGCCCUACGAUUCGCAACGAAAUUUUAAGCAGCAUUAAAUUGUCCUGUAAAGCGUUGCAUUACAACAACGACACACCCGAGACAGGCAUCUUUUGCCCAUGCAAGAAGAGCACUGGAGGCAAAUUGCACCUUGCUGAUCUGAGCGAACGGAAGGACUAUUGGAUAUGCUCCCAGGAGGCACGUGUGUAUGGGAAGCUCAGUGACGAACAUAGAAUCUGGCUGGACAAUAGCGAAGGUUCAGGUGAACCAUCCUCUGUUACGAGAGAUGUCACUGAAAGAACGAGUGAUCAGCUGCAAUACCCCGGUAAUUCUGUAAUGGAAGAUGUGUGCUUGAAGACGGAAGUACAUGAUCAUGAUCAGCGAAAUACUUCUAACCCUGCAAUGGAACAUGUGGUCAAUAAAACAAGUGAUCAACAUACCAAUGAAUUGUCCUCUGUUACAGUAAUGGAAGAUGUGUGCAAGGAGACUGGAGUGAGGGACCAACAACUAGAUCAAGAAAUCCCUGAGAGUGACAUCAUUCUAAUCGCGGAGAAAUUUCCACACCUGCUGAGCGUGCACAAGGCUUUGACAAUUAACGAUCUGCAACACGUUUACGAGAAACUACACACUGCACAUGAAAGUGCCAGCCCUCACUGGUUCAAUCUGGGAUUGGCUCUAGGUCUAACUUAUUUUGUUCUCACCAAUAUCAAUAGCAAGCAUCGUGGCGAUAAUGUGUCGUGCUUGCGUGAAAUGCUGGCUGAGCUUCUGAGUACGCAAGUGGUAACAUGGAGUCUCCUGUCAGACGCUCUCAAAAAGCCCACAGUGAAGCUCAUCAAUUUGGCUGAUAGCAUCACAGCCACAACUCCUAACCUGCUGAAUCGACUCAACCUCACCCCAGCCGACCUCGGUGAUGUAACUGAUGUCACACGUCGUUAUGGCAAUCAAGCUGGAGUGGCUCAUGCAUUGGGAGUGUGGCGAAGAGUGAAUCCUUCCAGAGCUACCUUCAGGGCCUUGGUAGAAAUCGCCAUAGGACUGAGAAGAGGAGACACUGCUACAGACAUUUGUAGAUUCAUUGUAGAGAAUACGAGUGGAACUGACCGAAACUGAUUUAUACAUAACGUUUUUGUCUGCAAUGCUUUUGCUUUUCUACACAUUUUUGGUAGUUUCUGUGAGAA